AUGUCAAUUCAACAAGUAAAGCCCAUUUCAGACAAGAUUGAAAUCACAUGGACUGAUCCCAACCCAUCUGGAACCUCCACUUACCACAACAUUUGGCUUCGUGAUAAUUGCCAUUGUUCAGAAUGCUACUAUCCGUUGACAAAACAACGCUUGCUCAAUUCAGCAACAAUUGAUCCAAAUAUCCACAGUAAACUGAUUGAUCAUGAUAGUGAAACAGUCACUAUUGUAUGGGAUUCCAAUCACAAGUCUCAAUAUGAUGCUCAUUGGUUAAGAAUCCAUUCGUAUGAGCCUCGAUUGAUUCCCAUGGAGGACAAGUUGUCUGGUGCCAAGACGAAGUUGGUACAAAAGUUAUGGCAGGUUGGAGAUAUUGAAAUGGACUUGCCUCAUGUUGACUACAAUUCUGUCAUGCAAUCAUCUGUUAAGUCAGAUAAUGAAGACGCUAUUAAAGAUUGGUGUUUAAAAAUCUGGCAAUUUGGAUUCUGUUUGAUUGAUAAUGUGCCAGUGACUCCAGAAGACACUGAGAAACUUUGUGAGCAACUAAACUAUAUUCGGCCAACUCAUUAUGGUGGGUUUUGGGACUUCACUUCAGAUUUAGCCAAAGCUGAUACUGCAUACACCAAUUUCGACAUCAGUAAUCAUACUGAUGGAACCUACUGGCUGAAUUCACCAGGGUUGCAAUUAUUCCACUUGCUUUACCAUGAUGGAACUGGUGGUACUACUUCAUUAGUUGAUGCUUUUAAAUGUGCGGAAAUCAUGAAGGAGAAGUAUCCCGAAAGCUAUGAAAUCUUCACUAGGCUACCCGUCCCUGCUCAUUCUGCCGGUGAAGAGAAAGUUUGUAUUCAACCCGAUAUUGCCAACCCCAUUUUCAAAUUAAACAAACAAGGAGAAUUGAUUCAAGUAAGAUGGAACCAAAGUGAUCGAUCAACAAUGGAUUCAUGGGAUGAUCCUAAUGAUGUAGUCAAAUUUUAUCAAGCUAUAAGACACUGGGUUCUGAUUAUUACCGAUCCUGAGAAUGAGCUUUGGUACCAAAUGAAGCCUGGUCAAUGUUUGAUUUUCGAUAAUUGGCGUGUGUUGCAUUCACGUAGUGAAUUUACUGGCAAACGAAGAUUAUGCGGGGCAUAUCUCGAAAGAGAUGAUUUUGUAUCGAGGUUAAAGUUGUUGACAUUGGGUAGAGAAGCUGUAUUAGAUGCUAUUUGA